AAUAAGUUGCAUGGUGCAGAAAUUAUAUUUUGAAUUUUUACUAGUAUGUGGAAAACAGUGUUGGAAAAUCACAGUUCGAUAAGUGUUAAACUGCAAGGUAUUAAAAAAUACCAAACGCGUUAUAAUUUGAGCGCAUUCUCCGACGCAAGCAACCAAUGUUUUAAAUAAAACAAUAAAUGUAAUAAACAAAUGGAUAAUUCGUCGUCCACGAGCAAACGGCGCUCGUUAACACUAAGCAGUCGCCUGCUGCAGAAGCGACACAGUGCAUCGCCACAAAAUCGCGUUCGCGCCAGCGCAACACAGGAUGUGACAAAAGAUGUGGCAGACACACCACGUUCCCCAAACACACUCGAUAUCGCAGAAAAUGUGGAGUGCACGCCGCCGCACAAGAAGCUGCAUAGUCUGGACGACAGUCUGGAUUUCUCGCCACACGCCGCCAACCUAUCACCAAGUUGCCUCUUCUCGCAAACUCUUGUGACGGGCAGCCCCGAGGUGAGUUGGCGUUGGAACUGCGAUGGACGUGGCGACAAGGUCAACACCACCUCAGACAGUGGCUUCGAUUCGGAGGAGUUUGGACCGAAUGCGCCAGCAAGAAGAAAACAAGUGCGGGUGGAUGCCGCACUCGAGUAUCGACGCAAGCAGCUGGACAAUAAGCAGCGGCAGGCACAGCAGCUACGCGAUCAGGAGCUGCUACAGCAGCGUUACGACAAACUCCACAAGCACCUGGAGCAGCAGGAAUUUGAAGAGGCGUCACCUUCGCCGCCGAUUCCCGUUGAGGCAGCCUCAGUGACAGUAGCAGAUGAUCCCGCUUUGGCAGACUUUUUAAAUGACUCAGAUACGGAUUGCUUUCUCCUGGAGGCCACACAGCAGCUGGAAUCAAAUCUAGCGCCAAAACAAGCUGACACAACCCCAACGGGGCAUAAUGAUUCAGAUUGCUUUCUACUCGAAGCCACACAGCAACUGGAAUCGAAACUGGCGACCAAACAGGCGGCAACAACACCAACGAGUCAUCAUCGCAAGAGCCCCAGCAAAGAGAAGCGGGCAUCGUUCUACAUGAAGUUCCUAGAGGAUGAAAGUGAAUCGGAGGAUUGGUUUUCUGCCCUCGAUGAGGCUAUGAUUGAGGCUACGCAGCCCAAGAAGCCUCGCAUCUCGUUGCAGCGCUACAAAUCGAUGCCUAGUAACACAGCUGCCACAAAUGGAGGCAACACCAACAGCAGCAGCACUGAAAACGGCACAAACAACAAAUGUCCCAGUUCCAGCUUGCCUCCUGGUAAGGUGGAGACACCGGGCAUCAAACGUCAUGCGAGUUCUCACGCUUUAUCACCUGCCACAUCAUGCGUGCGUGGAAAUCUAUUUGGCAGGCGGAAAUAAUGCCAAAGACAAUGACAAUAACGAUGACGCUGACGUUGAGAUGUUCUCCUCUUGCUCUCUUCCAGAAUUUCACACAAGUUUCAUGCGGCUAGCUGAGCUUUGAAUGUAUACGAUAAUUAUUUUAGCAUAGCGACUUAAGUCUGCAAUUAAGCAUUAAUCGUAAUUUAAAGUUGGCUUCACGCCAAUUGCGCUAAUUGCAUUGUUUACAGCUUCUUUGCGAUGUCCAUAUGCUUUAAUAUUAGCUUCAACUAAACUGCGAGAGCGCUGAAAACUGACGUCAAUGCAUAAUUAAUUGAGAAAGUCUCGAAAGCGCAUUAAUAAUUGAUCAAAUCCGUUUUGAGAAAAUUCACAUUUUCGUUGCUGUUGAAAUGAAAGUUUAAAGUUCAAGUAUUAUUACAAACUGCUCAAAUUAUUUGUGAAAGUCGAUUUAGUAUUUGUUAAAUGUAUUUAGAAUUUAAGCAGCAUAUAAGAUAUGUUAGUUGUUAAGUUAAUCUUAAGUACUG